CCCUGCCGAUCACACUUCCGCGAUUCCCGCGGCGUUUGAUGCAGCGGCAGAAUUUUCCGCUGCCGAUAGAGGGCGACGUUACUAGACAACAAAAAUGGCGAAGAUGUUGAAAGAUUUCUUCGGUGGGCAUAGAAAACUGCCCCCAGCUCCGCCAAAGCCAGACUAUAGGGGUGCUGAAAAUGGCACACGGCAAGUAAAUGAAACCGGAGCUCAGUCGGUUAAGGACGAAGAUCAAAUUUAUCUUGAUCCCGUGUAUAAUGUCAAUACACCCAGUUCGGGCGGACCGGAUCAUGUUUCAAAAUCAACAAAGUGUUUGUCAAAAUCCCCAAAAGCGGUACAUUACUCUGAUGUUCUCGAUACAUCCGUUGCACUUCUACAAUUUAAAGCCGUUACAGAGGAACUUAACAGAAAAAGGCUAAGCAGUGGUACGGGACUGAAGAAAGGAGGUGAUAAGCAUGAUAAAUUGCAAAGUACGACUGCCGGAACAGGAAGCAAAAUUAUUGACAAUGAUGAUACUGUUGCACUUAGCAAUUCUAGUGCUCUUGGUGGUAGCGAUGACAGAGUAACCACCCCUACGUGCAGCAGUAACAACUAUGACGACGACACUGGGAGUAGCGACUCUCUAUUGAACCUCAGGUUCUCUCCUACUUUGUUGACACCAGCACAAAUCAUGCAACAGACUCUUAGUCUACCUUACCAUGGCAGUACAAGUAGUUGCAAUAUGAUAUCUGGGUCAGGUGAUAUUAUAGAAUGUCCGACUGAAACAAACAAGCCAGAUGCCAUAUGGUUACCGGGAUUAAAGGAUUACUCGAGGAGAAAAGAAGCUGAGGAAAGGGUUACGUUAGUAUCUGACUACAGUAAUCCUCAAGACGCAAUAGACUUCAGUCCAGUGAAGGAUGAGAGCAACAGUGACUACACUCAGCCGUACGAAAUACAGAAAGUCAUACUACGCAAAAAGCCAGGCGCAACUGCUAAGUCUAGCACUUUAGAUGCAGGGCAGCAUUAUCACCGAUACGACACUCCAUUUGAUGCUGAUCCUAAAUCUGGCUCCGUCCCGCCGUCGGAGGACGUUCGACCCGUCGAGGAGUACGACGAGCCGUGGGAGUGGAGCCGCAAGAAGCGCAGUGUCGUCGUCUCCGCGCACGGCAGCACCUCCAAGCUAGCCUCCGCCCCCGCCUCUGCCGCCGCCGCGUCGGACGAAGACGCGAGGACCGGCGACCCCGCCUCGAGGCGAGACGCCGACUCGGCCGUCUCGCCGGCGGCGGACGAUCGGCCGGAGGACGAGUACGACGUUCCGUGGGAAUGGAGGCUGAAGCAGCAGCGCGCGGCGGCGAAGCGAGCCAGCGGCAAGCCCGACGACGAGCCGUCGCCCUCGGCGACGACAGCGGACGACGGCUGUAGCCGCGGCGACCGCGACACGCGCAGCAGUCCUGCCGUCGAGGCUCCGACAGACGAGUACGACCUUCCCUGGGAGUGGAAGCUGAAGCAGCGCGCGGCGAAGGACGCCGACGGGCCGGACGUGCGAAUCCCCGGCGCGUCGCAGACGAAGCCGGCGGAAUCGGCGACGACCAGGGAGACCGAGUUGUCGCCGACGUGCAUCCGGGAAUUCGACAAGCUCCUUGACGAAUACGACGUGCCGUGGGACUGGCGAGUCAAGGAGAUCGUCCCGCCACCGGACGCGACGAAUAGUACCCCCGCCGACGCCACCUCCACCUCUCCCACCGCGAUCUUGAGCAUUACGAAUUCCACUACGACUAUUGCCGCGACGACUGCGGGCGAGAGUCGAAGCGAGGCGAAGCGCGAGGUGAGCGCGUUGGGCGACGAGCGCCCCCUGGACGAGUACGACGUGCCGUGGGAGUGGCAGGUGAAGCAGCGCGCUCUGCUGGAGGCGAAGAACAAUGCCAGGUCGCCCAGCGCGUCGUCGCCGGACAGCAUGAGAGCGCGCGACAUCCGCGACAGGCCCGCCUCGAAGGCGGACGCCGCCGCCGCCGCGCCCCCGAGCGCGAACGACGACCUGAGACCCGAGGACGAAUACGACAUUCCGUGGGAGCUGCUGCGGAAGCAGCACCGAACCACACUGCCCGGCGCCGCGGCAGCCGCCGCCCGUAGCGACGAGAACGCGGCCCCGCCGAGGCGCGAGGCCAGAGUGGUUUCGAGAGCCGAGAGCAGGACCGAGUCGCUGUGCCGCGGCGAUAGCGGCGGGGACAUAGAGCUGCAUAUCAGCGAGGAGUCGGACGCGCCGGAGGCGCCGGCGGUGACGAUCCCUUCGAGCAACAGCAACUCCAUGCUGGGCGAGACGCUGCGACUGCUCACCGAAAUGGACAUGAAGUCGUCGGCGCCGACGACGGAGGUGAUGGGGAAGGACGCGGGGAGGAAGCCGAAGAAGAAGACUCCACCGAAGAAGCCGCCGAGGAAGGACCGGCCCGCCGGGGAGAGGGGGCAGCUCGGGGGAGCGGCGAGCGCGGGGUCCUCCAAGGAGAACAGUCUCGAGAGGAACAGCGUCGUCGGAGGAGGAGGAGGAGGAGGAGGGAGGAGGAGCGCAAUCGGAGAGACACCGCCGGAGGAGUCGGCGGCGGAGAGAGGGGGCGCCGGCGAGGCAGCCGAGCGGGACUCGCGGUGCGUCACCGUGACAACGCCGGCCGCGGAGCCGGCGUUGUUCGACACGCGGCCGCUGGACGACUACGACGCCCCCUGGGAAUGGAUGGCACGGAAAAACUCCGAGAAAGUUCACAGCGUGCUGGGAUCCGCCGCAGCACAGCAGUUUGUGGCAUUGACGUCUGCGGGCGUCACAGCUAGACAGAGCGGCGGCGGCAUCUCUCCCUCCGCCUCCUUUUCGCGCGUCGCCGCCCCGCACUCCCCGACGCGCGGCCCGCCCCCCGUCGCGCCGCGUUCCUCCUUCAGCUCUCCGCCGGUCAAGCACAGACCCGCGCCGGGCGUCGCGCGGAAACCGAGCGGCGGCGCGCAGCUGGCGCCCUCUGGCGUUGCCGCGGCGGCGUCAGGCGACGGAGGGAAGCAGCGUCCGCCGAGCACGCCUCCUCCGCCGCCGCCGUCGUCGUCGUUGGCGACGUCGUCGUCGAGUUGUCGAUACAGUCCGAAGACGAUGCGGUCGCAGCUGAGCGUGGAUUCGACGUGCAGCCGCGGCGCGUUCGAACGCGUCGACGCCACCGUGCCACUGCAACGACAGCCGUGGUAUCAUCGAGCGUUGUCAAGGCAACAGGCGGAGGAAUUGCUCAGGGUCCUGAAGGAAGGCAGCUACCUAGUCAGAACGAGCGAGAGCAACAGACACGAUCACUCGCUCUCGAUAAAGAGUACGAGUGGCUUCAUGCACAUGAAGAUCGUCAAGGCCGGAGGCGGGCAGUUCAUCCUCGGCCAGUUCAGCAAGCCGUUCGAUUCCAUUCCGGAGAUGAUCCACUUCUACACGCAGCACAAGCUGCCUAUACGCGGAGCCGAGCACAUGUCCCUCGCGCACCCCGUCAUGAACGAGCUGCUGUAACCGCGGCAACCGCCGACGACCCCCGUCGCAAAUGAGCUGCUGUAACCGCGGCAACCACUGACGACCUUGUCACGAACGAGCUGCUAUAACCGCGGCAACCUAUGAUGCCCCCUGUCAUGAACGAGCUGCUGUAACUGCGGCAACUGAUGAUGCCCCCCGUCAUGAACAAGCUGCUGUAACCGCGGCAACCGGCGACAACCCCCGUCGCAAAUGAGCUGCUGUAACCGCGGCAACGACCGACGACCCCGUCACGAACGAGCUGCUGUAACCGCGGCAACUGAUGAUGCUCCCCGUCAUGAACGAGCUGCUGUAACCGCGGCGACUGCCGACGACCCUG